CUCCGAGGGGGCAACUCGGAUGGCAAAACCCUAGCCGCCUCCCCAAGCCCCCGUCCUCCCCUCCCUCCCCUCGCCGUCGCCGGUGGAAGGCGGCGGCGGGGCCCUUGUUCGUGGGCUCACGCGCUGCUCUUUGGUGCGCUGGAGCGGCGGGUGCGCGCGGUGGCGAGGCAGGCGGUCGUCUGUGCUCAAGGGAGGUCGAGAUGGUGUGGAACGCGCGCACGGUGGCGCUGCUGAGGCGGUGGCCGGCCGCUGCUGCGAGCGGCAGAGAUGAGGGCGCCCAGAUCUGGGCCGUGCGGGCCCGCCCUGGCCUGCGAUUCUCUUUCUGCCCCAACCCACCCGUCCCCCUCCUUCCACCCGUCCCGGCCGCCGCCGGUGGCAGCCACUGGGUGGGUGAGCACGCGCGCAGCGGUCCUUGAUGGCCGCUGCUUGCUGUGCCCCGGCGGUUCCUGGCGGCGGAUGCUGCGGGCCGGCACGGCGGCGGCGCGGUGCAGGUGGCUGCUGUCGCCUGCUUGUCGCGCUCCCGGUGGUGGCCGGCCUGCUGGCGCUGCGCCGGUCGGUGCUCCUCCUGUGACGACAAUGUUUCUAUGCAUCCCUCCAUGUGUGCUGGUCUUCUCCGACGUUCUUCGCCGAGUCCGGUCUGCCAUUGCAUCUGAGGUCUUUGUUCAUGGGUCGGGGCGAAAUCCCCGCGUGGCGAUGGCCUGCGCUGUCAAUGGCGACGCCCGAGGGUGCCGUCACCUCCUUGGAGGCGUUGGCAUGACCCUGACCAGAUCUCCUCGAGCACCGGGAGAAAUCCCAGGUCCGGCCUCCCGGACCAGGCAGCGGCGGCGUCUCAGCGCCGUUCCCCUCUUGAAGGCGCUGCUUUGGCUGCAAGUGGAGUUUGAUGCGGCAGACUUAGGCUAGUGAUGCAUCGCUCUGGCGUAGACUGCUACACAGGGAGCAGAUCGCAACAUAUGCCAGCGCCCAUGCUUCCCCAACGAUUGUUUCACCAGUUCCUGUCGGGCCCUGCCCUUCACCCGCCGACUCUCUAGGCACAUGGGUGCGCGGUACGUUGGCCUGGGCAGUCCCGGAGCUGCAAUCAUCCCUGGAGGUGUCUGGCAAUGGCGCUGACGCUGCCCUGCUGGGCGAGGCCUAAUGUCGUUGCGUGUCUGUAGUUGAGGGCACCUCCUCACCUAGUUGUAGUCGCUUGGUGAGGACUAGGGGUCGUGUAUGUGUGUGUGUGUGUGUCCCUCCUUUCUGGAUGUUGUACCCCCGAUGUCUUCCUGUUCAAUGAAAUGAAACGCAAAGUCUCUUGUGUUUUCUCGAAAAACAAAUCAAAUCUCAUUGAAGUAUAUUGCAAUUGAUUCCCGCAGCAACACGCGGGGUAUCAUCUAAUAUAUAUAAGAGAGUCAUCCCUACUAAAUUAUUUAUCUCAACAUGCAAGCAUGCCACCUAAGAGGGCAGGCCUUGCGCAGUGGUGAAGUCCUCCCACUUGUGCCAAGUGGUCCUGGGUUCGAACCAGACUCUCUGCAUUGCACUUUGCAGGGGUAAGAAUAGGUUCAUAUAAUCCCUCCCCAGACCCCAUCUUGUGUGGGAGCUUCUAUGCACUGGGUCUGUCCUUUAUGCAAGCAUGCUACCUCAUCAUACAAUUAUGAAUGGGAUAAGGCCCACCUCAACAUGCAAUCAUGCAUGUGAAAAGACCCACCACAACAUUCAAUUUUCCAUUCAAUUAUUCUACUUAUAUUCAAUAAAUAUUGUUACAACUGUACACAAUCAAAUAUAACAUGUCAUAUGUAUUAAUUUUGGUUCUCAUGUUGUCAACCCAAAUUCUCAUCAACCAAUUCCCGCAGCAACGCGCAGGGUAUCCUCUAGUUCUGCUAGUUUACCGCAGGUUCAACAAAUCUAGAGUAGUAUGUUAGUUCUUGUCUUGCAAAUUAGAGAUUAUGUGACCAGUUUUUUAUUUUUCCUUU